CCUCGCGUGCUCGGGAACUUGGCAUUCUCACUUCCCUCUCUUCUCAUCUCAUUCUUUAGAGCACAGAACCAGGAAACAUAAUUAAACAUUCUUAUUGCCCAUCAUGAAUUAUAUAAACGUCGAAGAUUACGAUCUGGCUCCCAAGGACCUGGAACUCAAUCCCGCCGGCCUGCAGCCCGGCGCACCAGAUCGAGGACAGGGGGCGGCACGCGCUCGUCUGCCUCAACAUCGUGCGGGCCAUGAAGAUGUACGCGGCGAUCGACCCGGAGUCGCUGGAGCCGUUUGACAUCGAGGACCAGGCCUUCGGCGUGGAUCUGGCGGCCCGGGAGAAAUACGAGAGGGCCAAGGACGCAUACUCAAAGGUGCUCCAGCUCGAGCGCACCGUCGACGCGGUCCAGAAGUCGCUGGCGGAGCGGUUCAGCAUGCUGGAGAAUGAUCGGUGGGAUGAGUCCGAAGCGCGGGAGUUUGUGCCGGCCGGGUUGAUGAGGCUGGGCCGGGACCAGGACGCGUAUAAUUUUGCGAAACGUCAGUAUGGAGACAACGCAUUUGAGCACCCGGAUACGAUGAUCAAGAGCAAGAAUGCGCUGUUUGGGACGUUGAAUUCCCUGCUGCUGCUCAAGAUCAAGCUGUACCUGGACCUCCGGGAUAUUUGCAACGCGGAUUGGAUGCUGAGGAAGUUUGUGGUCAACAGGAAGGGCAAGGACGGCGUCGCCAUGGGGCUCCCGUCCGAGGUGAUUGACAUGAUCAAGUGA